GCAAUGGGAGCAGCGCUUCCAGUGACCACCGAAUGGCCGUCCAUCGAAGAUGAUUACACCUCGCCAACGAUUCUUCCCUCGGCGAUAAACAGAGACUACUUUGAGCCCGCUCUGCCAACGACCACUGAGGGGGGGGUUGCAUUUCCAAUCGAAACCACUGUCCCCUUCGAAACUAAUGGGGAGAACCCCGAUGCUGUUGGAGAAGGGGAGGCCCCCAGUCCUGGAGAAACACUGAAUUCUGGGUUGGCUUCCAGCGAAGAUGAUUCUGGUUCUGUCACUGACAUGCCCAAGACAUUCCAAAUUACAGAAGAUCUAAAGGGAACAACAGAAGACCAUUUGGAUGACAAGAACGUCUUGAUUCAAGUCAAUUCUUCAGAACCAUCUUUGGAAGAAGAAACUCUUAAAAGAGACCCUGCUGCCGAGUCCAAGGAAACAGUCACAGCAGAUGUAAUGUCAAAGGAAACGCCUGCUCCAAUUUUGGAUGAUGGCCAUGAAGCAACCGAGCUUAUCACAGAUAACUCUGGCAUAACAGAUGCUCCGGUGACUAUUCUUGCAACCAAGGAGGAAGAGCUGUUAGCAACUCCCUCCAGGGAAAAGGCAGAGAAUGCAAUUUCCAGUGAAAGAACUGCAGAAGAAGAGAAGCCGUCGGAGGCCAUUCUUGGAGAACCAAAUCUGGAUGACAAAUGGAACCCCACCCCAGCUUCAUGGGAAGAAACUGAAGCUGUCACUUUAGAGCCAAAGAAAGACACCCCAGAACCAUCCACAGAUAUUAGUAGGAAGUUAGAAGACCCAUCCUCAAAUCCUGUAGGUUUUCCUAGCGACCCAGAAGAGCUGCCUGACCAAGAAACAAGAGGGAGCUUGGAUGCUGGAGGUUCUCCUUCACUGCCUUCAAAGGAUAACCCUGAGACAAGGCCUUCAGCAGUAUUGCCUUCCAGUUGGCUAUCCCCCACCGAUGCAACGUUUGGGUCCUCAGGAGCAAGUGACUUUGCCAUAGACUCCCUUCAAGCAUCACCUGCUAGUGUGGCUGAUCUAGGAGUAGACUCUGGUCCUACAGGAGGAAGAGGUGAUGCAGAUCCAAUUCUCUCUUCAUCAGACCCGGAGCUUAGCCAUGAAACUACCAAGGUGCCCACUGAAGAACCAGAAGACUUUGUGGAUGCUGAAGCAUCAAAUUCCUCUCCUUCAGAUAGAACAACAGAUGCUCCAUCUGACUCAGUGUCUCCCCGUGACACCCCUCCUGGGCCUUCACAAUCAGACUUUGAUGUAACAGAUGCUCCUUCAGUGGGACUUUCUGUAGCUCCAGGGAUAUCUUCUCAGUUGCCUGAAGAUGGUGAGAUGGGGGCAACUUCCACAAUGAAAGAAGUGGAAGAAGGCUCUGGAAACCCAGAGAGCAAUGAGGGGACACCUUUUGCUUCACCACUUCCAGGACAAGAACCUGAUCAAGGAACAGAGACACCUGAUGGAGAAAACAUUUCUGCAGACCUCCACAUUGGCACAGCUUCCUCCUUGAAUCCUGGGGUGGAAACAGCUAGUUCAGAGUUGGAAGAUAAUGAGGCAACAGCCAUAUCUAACAGUGCUCCUAAGGGUGAAAUAAAUCCCACCUCUUCAGAUUCUGCUGCUGUAUCUGAAAAUGAAUCAGAAACUUUGUUUAACAUCAGGGAGACUUCUCCUCCUCCUGUGGACAAAGAAGGAGCUGCUAAGGCACAAGAACCACCUGCAGAAGCUUCAGCUCCUGCAUCUCCUAAUGAACUACCUUCAGAGAGAGAAGGAAGUGAGGUCUCCCCAAGUGGGUCACCUGGAAAUAUUGGUUCUUCUUCUGAAAACAGUGAAGCCAUCCCAAGUGUUGCUUCAGGCUCUGACACAAAUGAGGUAGACACACAAGCUAAUAGUGAAGAUCAAAGUGGGACAGAUCUCUCACCUUCCCAGACAGAGCUCUUUCCAAUUUCUGGAACCCCAUUGCCUGUGGAAAAAUCAGGGACCUUGAAUGAUGGACUGUCUCCAAGUCAGUCACUUGGAGAGAAUAUACUGACAUCUGGUUCCAGUUCUUCCUCAGAAGGAGAACCUACCUUUCCUUCAACAUCUCCUGAUGAAGCACUUUCUGGACCCCUAAUUUCAGAACUGGACACAACAGAACUUCCAUCCAAUCCAUUACCUGGUUCCCAAACUUCUUCCCAACCACCAAAAGAGAAUGACAUGGAAACAGGCUCAGAGGAUCCAGAAGAUUCUGAUUCCAUCAACGGAGAAGAAACUUCCUCUGCUCCAUCCAUCAUAAACCCUCAAUCAGCCCUUUCAGGAACAGGGGCUACCGAGGGACCAAGCAUUUCUGGAGAUUUAGGCAAUGGACCAACUUCAUCUCCUAAAGAAAAGAGAAUUGGAUCUACUUCAGAGCCAGCAGUUAAUGAGGAACCUCUUUCAGAUAGCAACAGUGCCCAGGACAAAAUCAAUACUCCACCUUCUGAGCAACAUCUAAGUUCUGAAAAUGCAGUGGAAACCAGUAUAUCAAGCUCUGCAGAGAUACCAGCUGCAAAAUCUGGAACAAUUUCUCCCCUGAUUAUAGAUACUGAGACAUCAACAAAAGCUCAGGAACUAUCAGGAGAAAUACCUUCUUCUGCAUCUAUUGAUGGCAUACUUUCCAAUUCAGAGAAUGAAGAUGGAGAACCCUCUCCGAAUCUAUCUUCCAAAACUCUUGAUUCUUCUCCGAGCAGUGAAGUUGCAGAUGAAAGUAGAGAUGGGGAAGACAGUACAGGGUUGGCUUCAGCAACCAAAAUAGCCAUGACAGUGAGCAAUGAGGGUCAGCCUGGAAGUGAUCUUCCUGUGGGACAAUCAGUAACUUCGCCUGUUGGAGAAAUUUUAGCUCUGGCGCCUGUAGAAGAUGGAGAGACUCUUGUGACAAAUGAAGAGUCCCCUUCAGCCCUUCCAAAUGCAAAAAUCCCUUCUCUCUCUGUUUCAGAUUUAUUAGGGGAUCAGCUCAGUGGGCCCUCUGCUUCUCCAGGUUCCUCUCAAUUAUCUCCAGAUGAUAUCUUAAAAGCAGGGUCUGCAGCUCCUGAGGAGGGUCAGGACUUGGAAGACUUGGCUGGAGUGACAGGGAAGGAAACAUAUUUGACUCCCUCAACCACAGAGUUACUCUCCCCAGAUCAUGCAGAAACCUUUGUUUCACCACCAGUCCCUAAAAAGGAAGCUCAACUGACAACAGGAGCAGUAUCUUCUGAGGAUGGAAAAGAAACUGGAGCAAUGUCACAAUCAGACUCUUCUACUGAAGGAUUGGAAACUUCUGCCUCUGAGCAAGCAGCGGUGAGUUCUCAGUCAUCUCCAGAUGGUGAAGCAGCACCUGAAACUUCCAAAGAGACAGAACAACUGCAAACAGCUAGUGAGAAGGAAGCACAUUUGGCUUCAUCAACCACAGAGUCACAGGAACUUAGAACAUCAGAAAGUGGUGAGUCCUCUGGAGCAUUCAGCAAAGGAAAUUCUGCCCUUCCUGUUGAACUGGCGGGAACUGCUAAUCCACCUUCAGCAACUAACAAGGGAUCUCAGUCAUUUCCAGAAGAUGUAGCUUCUUCUGAUGGGGCAGAAGAUUCAGAAGACAUUAGUAAUGUAAGCAGUGAGAAAUCUUCUCAGGAUCCAUUAGACAGAGAAUCACAGUCUAAAACAUCUACCAGUAACGAGGUUACUGGAGGACUUAGUGAUGGAGAAUCCUCCCUAAAUAAUAAAGGGACUGAAACAGCCAGUGUGGAGUCAGCAGAUAAUGCAGGAUCUCAGCUGCCUCCUGAUGAUGCACAACCAGGAGCAUCUACAGCCUCUGAAGGUUCAGAGAUAUCAGAAGGCCCUUCCAGUGUAAAUGGGAAGGAAGGAUCUUUGCUCCCAUCAGCUGCAGAGUCACAUUCAACUUCUACUUCUACCGAAGAAGUGGAAACUGCCAACUCAGAAUCCGGGACUAACACAGGAUCUCAACCAUCUCUCAAUGGUGCAUCAACAGCCGAGGUUCAAGAUUCUGAGAGGGCAGAAGCAGUGGAAGAUAUUUCUAAUAAUGGGGAGAAAUGGUCUUUGGCCUCAUCAGCCACUGAAUCACAGUCUCCAGGAAUAUCUGAUCGUGAAGAAGUUUCUGGAGGAAUUGGUAAUGGGGAAUCUUCCCUCCUCACUAAAGAGUUGGAAGUGACUGGCUCAGGGUCAACAAAUAAUGCAGAAGCUCAAUCAGUUGCUGGUGGAGCAACUGAAGAGUCUGGUGUUUCCAAUAGAGUAGAACAAUUAGAAAGCUCUUCUGUAAAUGAGAAGGAGACUUCUUUAGGUUCAUCAGCUACAGAGUCAUCAACACCUGAUGCACCAGCAGAUAAAGAAGUCUCUGGAAAACUUAGUGAUGGAGUUGAGGUGGAAACAGCCAACUCAGAGGCAGCAAAUAACGCAGAACCUCAGUCACCUCCAAGUGGUGCUGGGCCAGGUGGAGCUACAGCUUCUGAAGAAGCAGGAAUACCAGAAGUCUCAGGUGUGAGUGAGAAGAAAGGAUCUUUGGCUGCAUCUGCUGCAGAAUCACAAGCAACCUCUUCUUCCAAUGAAGAAGCGGGAACUAGCAACACAGCAACGAAUACAGGAUCUCAACUAUCUCCAGAUGGAGUAUCAGCAGCAGGGUCUCUAGCUCCUGAUGAUGCAGAGGUAUCAGAAGUGUCUGCCAGUGUGACUGAGGAAAAGGGAUCUUUGUCUCCAUCAACUUCAGAGUCACUAUCAGAGUCAUCUGCAACUGAAGAAGUGGGAACUGCCAGCACAAAGUCAACAGCUAAUGGAGGAUCUCAGCUGUCAGCAGAUGGUGCAUCACCAGCAGGCUCUCUUGCUUCUGAGGGAGCAGAAAAAACAGAAAGCAAUUCCAUUGUGAGUGAGGAAAAGGCAUCUUUGGCUCCAUCAGCCACCGAAUUACAAUUUCCAGAAACAUCUGCCAACGGAAAGGUUCCUGGAGGACUUGACAAUGGAGAAUCCUUCUUAUUCACAGGAGAGGAAAGGGCCAACUCAGGGUCAUCAGAUAAUGCAGUAUCUCAAACAUCUCCAGAUAGUGUAGGAACAGAAGGGGCCAUAGCCUCUGAAGGAGCAGAGACAUCAGAAGAUAAUUCAGUUGUAAGUGAGAAAAAAUUAUCAUUGGCUCCCUCAUCCACUGAACCACAAUCACCUGCGACAUCUGUCAGCAAGGAGGUUUCUGAAAAACUUGUUAAUGGAGAAUCGUCCCUCUCCACUGAUGGAAGGAAGGAUACUGCCAACAUAGGAACAGCAGGUACUCAAGGACCUACUUCUUCCACAGGAACAGGCCUGAAUCAAAAAAAUAUAGCAGAGCAACUUGGAGAAAAAUCUGAUUCAAAAAGUGAAGUAUCUUCUGUUGAUGGAACAAAGAUUUCUAAAUCUUCAGGUGGAACCUUGAUUUCCAACACAGCAUUUCCUAAUGGGAACUUGGCCACCAAAGCUACAGAUUGUUCCCAACCACCUUCAUGUAUCAGGGUCAACUUGGCAAAUCCAGUGAAUAAUGGAGAAAAUUCUGCUCUGCCUCUGAGUGGACACUCUGUCCUUUCUAGCAGUGAUACUUUGGGUGGAUCAGGUUUUCCAACCCCAGAUGCACAAGCAGGUGGAGAGUUUCUCCCAGGAGCCUCAGGAGGUAGUACUGAGGCUCUGGCCAGUGUCAGAGACUCUGUUCACCCAUCUCCUGAUGAACAGACCAAACCAGCAGCAGGUCAACCAUCAGGAGUGGCAUCUCCAUUUGCUUUGUUGCCUCCCAAUAAAGGCCUGCCCUUAGGAGCCUCUGAUUCAGGUUCCACAAACCCAGGAAAUGCUGCUGAGAAGUUGCUGAGUAUUUCAUCUUUUCUGAAUCAGAAGGUAGAGGAGAGAUUGGCUGGCAAAGUAGCCGGUAAAACAGACUCUUUCUCCUCUGCAACUCCAACAGAUGAACUCUCACCAAAUGAGCUUCCAAGCUCUUCUCAUGGACUAGCAGUGAAGAAUGGGGAAGGUUCAUCUCCUCCAGCUCCAGAAGGAAGAGAUGAAGUUGUCAGCUCAAGCUCAGCAGCUCAGAAGGGGACCUCCACAGCUUCUAUUGCAGGUGGAGCGCAACCUUCUCUCUUGGGGGCAAAAGUAAGCCCAGCAAAGACACCGCAGUUGCCUUCUGGGAGCACAGGACCUCAAGUCAAAGCAGACACCCCUCUCCCGUCCCCCAAGACUGAAGUCACAGCAAACACUGAGCACCCACUUGCUGGGAAGCUGCUACCUUCUGGUCCCGCAUCUCCUGUCAGCACUUCCGCUUCAGAUGAGAAUGGCUUGGGUUCUUCAAGUAGCCCUAACCUCUCAGAACUGCUCCAGACUUUAAUCAAGAGUAAGAUUGCUUUUGGUUUAAGCAAAGCCCAAAUGGGCAAGGCUAAAUCAGAUGCUCGUCUUGCCUUAUCAGGACUUGGCCCACUAGCGACAAAGUCAUCGCAACCCACCAGCAAAACUUCAGGGAAUAAGCCUGACUCUGAUUCCAAGGCUUCCAAGAAAAAGAAAACAGAGGCUGCCGAUGAGAACUCUGCCAAGCUGGGCAAGGCUGCUGCUGCACCAUCAGGCCCAGCAGUGUCCCUGUACCCCUACGGACCCAGCGUGAACGAUAAGCAGUACGUUGAAAGGAAAGUGGAUUUUAACUCCCCGCUGUUCAAGGUUGAGAUUGGAAUCCCACUUGGAAACACACUACGCACCUCCCUCUAUUUCACGGACAACGGGCAGAUCAUUUUCCCAGCUUCUGACAAAGACGUUGCCAGCUAUCCCAACCCACCUUCCGAUGGUUUUAAUGGCCGUGAGAAAGUGCCGAUGGUGGCCGCGUUUUGGGACAACGCUGACUUCUCCAAAGGGUCUGGCAACAUCUUCUACCAGGAAUAUCUUUGCGGGAAUUCUCCCAAGCACCCCCUCGUCCAAGACGUGGAAGCAAAGAUUCGCCUCUACGUUAGGUCUUCAUAUUCAGCUCGAUGGUUGUUCAAGAUCACCUGGGAGAAAGUCCAGCCCUACCCCGCGCAGAGGCAGAACAGCAAGACGAACACCUAUCAAGCUAUUCUUACCACUGACGGAUACCGAACAUAUGCGCUCUUCCUUUACCAAGAUGGAGGCAUGCAGUGGGACCACACUAAACUCUCAGCCCCCAACGUGCUUAUAGGAUACACCAGCGGCGAUGGAUAUUUCAGAAAUGAUGAUUUGAUGACUAAAACACCAGCUGAGAAAUACCGGCCAGAUCACUUCCAAGGCUGCAAUACAGAUGUGCGUGGUCUGUGGAUAUACAAACUGGACAGCAGCAUCCGCGUGAAUUACAGGCAGAGGUGUCUCGACUGGAUUAGUCACGAGGGGUCCCCAUCAGCCUGGAACAGGAACUUGUCCCCUUGUCCUUGCUCUCUGCAACAGGGAAUGUCGGACAUCCGCUACACACAGAGCAAAAAAGGUUGGCUGGACUCGGGCUUAACUAUGCUGUAUUCCUCCAGCCCAAACAAGUAUGGGGCGGGCGUCCGGUGUCUCUACAACAAAAAUAACCAGCUUGAAGAAGGUCGGCAGGAGAGAAUCUGGAAGGGUUCAAGGAAAAACUCUCCCAGCAAUGACGAAGAGCUGAAAUUCUACGACUGGUGCUGUAACCAGGCUGGAAGUCCCCAGCUGUGCGAGAAGUACAACCAGAAGAGACCCAGGAUUGGCUGCCAGGGAUACAAGCCUCCAGUCCGGGUUGGGUCAUCAGAAGAGAAGUCAACAUCGUCAGAAGAGAAGCCACGCAGGAAGAAAAGAGAUUGAGAUGGUUGUCAUUGUUUUCCUCCCGCUCCGCCAGCUGUUCUUUGGCCACAGACCCGUCUCCUUGAUUUCCCCAUCAGAGUUCACACACAGCCUUUUCUGCACUUUUGCUCCUUUUUAAUGGGUGGAACCAAACUGGAUGUCAAUUACCAAAUACUUUUGGGCAAGCACGGUUGACUUGGUUGAAUAAAAUGCCUCCAACUCCUUG